UUUGGCCAACGGUUGUAAAAUUUUGUGUGCUAUACCCCGCAGAUAACAGACUUUUCAGUCUGAGAUCGAUCGAGCAACGCAUGAGGAGGCGAAAUGGCUUGUCUCUACUGCUCACUGCCAUCCAUGACCCUGCCAGACGUGGUCAUAAAACCACGUAAAUGACUAUAAAUAUAGCGUUCCCAGCUUCAGUCUCAGUAAACAUCACUCGCCAGGAGUCACCAAGAAAAGCAACCACCCUCUGCUGGCUUCCCAAUCAUCUUUCGCCAUGAUUUUCAGCCGCCUAUUCGCCACCGCGGUUCUCACGACCGCAAGUCUCGCAGCCUCACUGGCACCGCGGGCCGUAAAGCCCUGGUCCAACUUCAACAACAACGCUGUCUUCUAUCCCAAGAAGGAAGCUACCAGCUGGCGAACCCUCUACGGCCGAACUCUGCAGCUCCCCGACAAAUCUCUGCUUCUGUCGUGGGAGGACUACGAUCCUGAUGUGGAGUUCACCUACUUCCCUAUCUACAAAUCUACAGAUGGCGGUGCGACAUACACGCCUUUUGCUAGGGUGGAGGAUCAGGUCAACGGCUGGGGUAAUUGGUACCAACCCUUUCUUUACGCCUUGCCCCAGGACUUUGGCGGAUACAGUAAGGGCACUAUUCUGCUCGCCGGCGUCUCUACUCCUCGCAAUCUGACCGAAGCCUACAUCGAUCUUUAUGCCAGUAAGAAUCAGGGCAAAAACUGGGAGUUUGUCAGCCACAUUGUUUACGGCCCUGGACCCGAGACUAUCAGCCAGGGCGACCAAGCCGUUUGGGAGCCGUUUCUGAUGAUGCACAAGGGCCAGCUGAUUUGUUAUUUCUCCACCCAGGUCGACCCCAAAUUCAACCAGAAGCUCUCCCACAAGACAACCAAGGAUUUGCGCAAGUGGAGCAAGGCUGUUGACGACGUCGCCUUUCCUAACACCGAUCAACGUCCUGGCAUGGCAACCGUCGCCUACAGCCCCAUCUCCAAGAAAUAUGUCAUGACGUUUGAGUACUGUGGUGGGCCUCUUACGGGUGGUUGCCCUGUUUACUACAAGGUAUCCAACGACCCUCUCGCCUUCGGAUCUGCUACGGCGCAGCCCAUCAUUCCUAACGAUGGUCAAUUGAACCCCAACGGCAGUCCAUUUGUGAUCUGGACGCCUGAGCCCGGAAAGAAGGGCAGCGGGAUCUUCAUCGCUAACGGCAACAGCCGGGAGGAAGUCUUUGUCAACACAGAUGCUGUUGACCCUGAUGGUUGGAAGCCGGUUAACGUCGGGCAGUGGUCAGCUUAUUCGCGUGAGCUGCGAAUCAUUCAGACUCCAGAUAAGAGUGCUGCUGAGGGAGAGCCUAAGCUCCUUAUUACAAAUGGCGGAAAUAUUGGUUGUUCAGGAGGCUGUUAUAACUAUGUUGCAGAUGGGCUCGUGGAUAUUCCCAGUUAUCCCCGGAACUAAACGGCAGAUUUGACUUAGCCUUCCGGGUAGACUUGGUAGGAUGGGAUGAGUGUUUGGCAGACCGUAUUUCU